GACGCUUUGCUAAUUCUUUCCUCCUUAACCUUCAGGCGAUAAGAUUAUACGUAACUUGAAGGUAAGAGAAGAAGACGUUGGGGAAAUGAUGCCGUCAGUCGGAGGUCGAGGCUGAGGGCGAGCGGGAUGAAGGUCUUGGUAGCGUUGCUGACGGUGUGGCUGACGGUGCUGGCGGCGGCGCAGGAGUAUGGGUCGUGCACAGCGUCUCAGGUCAAGUCAGGGGAAUCUUGCGCCGAGUUUGAGGUCAGGAAGACGGUGCAGCUGCAACAGGGGCUGAUCGAGGGCGCCAGGUUGGAGGCUGAAGGAGGAGGGUUCUUCUACGGCUUCAAGAACAUUCCCUUCGCCAAGCCCCCCGUCGGAGAGCUCAGGUUCAAGGAACCCCAGCCGGCCGGGGCGUGGGCGGGCGUGAGGAACGGGUCGCUGCCCAUGCCCAAGUGCCCGCAGUUCGGCAUGGCGAUGUUCAAGGGAGGAGAGGUCACGGUCGAGGGAGAGGAGGACUGCCUCCAUCUCUCCGUGUUCACGCCGAGGCCCUACGCCCUGACCUCCCCGUGAUGGUGUGGAUUCACGGGGGCGGGUUCGUCUUCGGCGGAGCAGAGGACUAUAAGCCUUAUGCGCUCGUGGCGAAGGACGUGGUCGUGGUUCUCAUUCAGUACCGCCUGGGAACGCUAGGAUUCUUGUCCACCGAGGAUUCUGAGCUCCCUGGCAACCUCGGACUGCAGGAUCAGACGCUGGCCCUCCGCUGGGUCAAGGACAACAUCCGUGACCUCGGCGGCGACCCGGACAAGGUCACUCUCUUCGGGGAAUCAGCUGGGGGGGCGUCGGUGCAUUUCCAUGUGCUCUCCCCCAUGUCCGAAGGGCUGUUCCGCCGAGCCAUCAUGCAGUCCGGGACGAUGCUGUGCCCCUGGGCGAUGCGCGAGGGACACAGGGGCGUGGCUGCCAAACUCGCCGAGGUCCUCAGCUGCUCCGGAGUGUCCGUGGCGCCCGUCCUCGACAGCGCGGCGCUCCUCAGCUGCCUCAGGGGCGCGUCUGCCGAACAGCUGAUCAUGGCGCAGAGUGCAUUUAAUAUCUGGGGGUUCGCGCCGCAGGUGAUGCUCCCCCGCGUGGACGGCCUGUUCCUGCCCGACCAUCCUGCGACCUUGCUGCGAGAAGGCCGCUAUAACAAGGUUGACAUCAUAUCGGGCGUCACGAGAAACGAAGGCACCAUCGUCACCGCAAGGACCCUCCUCAUCCCGGACUUCCCAGAACUGAUGCUGCAGAACUUUAGCGUCGCUGGACCGCUGGAAGGGGGCUUCGACCAGGAGGAGAACCCCGAAUACCUGGCGAGAAGAGCCUACCACCACUACCUGGGUUCCCCCUUGCAGUUUACGAUGGAGAAAGCUGAGGAAUACACGCAGCUCCACACAGACCACAUGUUCGGAAUGUGCCACCUGGACGUCGUGAAGCACCACCUGCGGGAGGAAGCCUACGGUCACCGGGUCUUCACCUACGAGCUACAACACCGCGGCGAGUUCACCUUAAUGGACCUGUUCAUGGGACCUUCAGAAAUAGGCAAAGAGUGGGUUGGCCACGGGGACGACAUACAGUACCUGUUCGAAGCUAUUAUGGACAACUUCACGCUCACCAGACAGGAGGAUCUUCUGGUGAAACAAAUCAUGGUGGAUCUGUGGACCUCCUUCGCCGCCACAGGGCACCCAACGCCAGACCUCUCCCUGGGCUUCCGCUGGGACCCGACCACGAAGGACAGAGACUCCUACCUGGCCAUCACUCCUGCGCCGGACAUGAGAGCCUUUGGCAACCAUGCUGCCCAGCGGUUCUGGAGGAACAUGCCCACCAAAGCAAACAAGCUGAUGUACCCACAGCGGUUCUCCAGGUGUCUGGGCUAGAGAACCAGGAGGCCCUCCACUGCACGUCACUUCCUGAGGUUGCCAAGUGUGCUAUGUUGCCACUAGGAUGUAUAUGUUGCUGUACCCAGUAAUGUUAUAUAUAUACUGACGCUGUGGUAGAAAAAAACACA